AUGACAACAAAAAAUUUAGAUGCACUUCAAAAAGAUCCCUCAGCUGGCUACCUGUCUUCAGAUUCUAGUAGUAAAGAGCGUGAUAACAAGGAUGACAAAGACUCUUCCAAAAUCAUCUCGCACAAACUUCGUCCAGUCGAUGUUCAAAGGCACCAACUAGAUCGUCUGUUAUCGCGUAUUGACAAACCAGUGACUAUUCCCGAGAUUCAGGAUAAACCUAAGCUGAAACCGCCAAAAGAUAUUGUUCGUAAUGUCCAAGGUUCAAGUGCUGGCGCUGGAAGCGGUGAAUUCCAUGUAUAUCGAGCACACAGACGCCGCGAAUACACACGACAAAAGAUUAUUGACGAAGAGGCCAGAAACAUGAAAAUUCGGAUGAGUCGAAUUGAAGCAUCAAUGAUGAAGCAAAUGAAUGUGGGAUUGGAGGAAUUAUUUUUGAGUGCUUGGUGUUUAUUUACUUGUGAUUUAAAUUACUCAUCAUUCGGCUUGAAUAUACCAAUCGGCUAA